GUUUAUAUUGGGUUCAUUGUUUUGUGCAAGCAGUAAAUAACACCUUAGAUCAUACACUGUAUAAUGUGCAUGAUCUAAGGGAGGGACAUUUUUGUUGUGAAGACUGAAGACUGAAGAGAGACACAGACACAGAAGUGGAAGCUGGAAGAAAUGAAUUUAAUCCUUGUGCUGUAAACAUACUUUUGAUUUUUUUUGUAUAUUUUUAUGAAUUGUAUAGUGGAAAUUCGUUUAAUUUUUCAACUAUAGAACAUCCUAAACUGUGUUUAUAUUAUUCUCGACAUUUUUUCUUUACAUUAUAAUGACUUCUGCUCUAUAUCUAGAGCAUUACCUGGACAGUUUAGAGCACCUACCAAUCGAACUACAACGUAAUUUUACGUUAAUGAGAGAUUUGGACUCCAGAUCCCAAGGCCUGAUGAAAAAUAUUGAUUUACUGGCAGAUGAAUACUUAAGAGAUCAGAAAACAUUGACUUCAGACCAGAAAAAGGAACAGCUGGAUAAAAUACAGAGUUUAUUCAAUAAAGCCAAGGAAUAUGGAGAUGACAAAGUACAAUUAGCAAUCCAGACUUAUGAAUUAGUUGAUAAACAUAUACGUAGGUUAGACUAUGACUUGGCAAGGUUUGAAUCUGAAAUACAAGACAAAGCAUUGAACUCUAGAAACCAAGAGGAACCUGCAGUUGGGAAACGUGGCCGAAAGAAAAUCAAAGAAGGCAAAGGAGAGAAAAAGAAACGCUCAGGUAACUCCAGUGAGGAAGAUUCCACUGGUACUGUCAAAGGAAGUAAAAAGAAGAAACAGAAGGGUUCUGGUACAGGAAAUGCUACAGGGGGUUCUGCAGGCAGUGGAGCUAAAGCUGCCUCAGGUGAGGUGGCAGAGGCUGUUGCUGCUGUUUUGCCAGGAUUGGCUGGUAUUGCUCACCCAAGUGAUGUACUUGAUAUGCCUGUAGAUCCAAAUGAACCAACAUAUUGCCUUUGUCAUCAAGUAUCUUAUGGAGAAAUGAUUGGUUGUGAUAACCCAGAUUGCCCUAUUGAGUGGUUUCAUUUUGCCUGUGUUGGGCUUACAACAAAGCCCAAAGGAAAAUGGUACUGUCCUAAGUGUACUCAGGAUAGGAAGAAAAAAUAACACUAUUGAAAAUAAUAGGCAAUCAUUCCUCAUUUCAAAAAAUAUAUAUUCAUGUACAGGUAUAUAUUAUUUUGAAUAUAUUUUCAUCAAAUUGUCCAAUCCCAAUGAGUGGGAUGAUCUCAAAAAGUCGUUUUUUUAUAAAACUUCCAGGUAUUUAUUUUACAUGUUAUGUAGGUUCAAUGAACUAGUGAAUUUUAAUAUGACUGUAAAUUCGAUUUUUAUGAACUUUUGUUUACUCUGAGAAUACAUAGAUACAGAUUCACCAGAAAAAAUCUGAUUUUGUCCACAUUGGAUGGUACAUCAUUCUCAAUGAAUUUUCCAAUUUUGGAUAAUUUUUGAAAGCUUUUAAAUUAUGAAAUAAAAAUGCUAAUCAAGCAUGAAGUUAUGUUUUAUUAUUUUACAUAUAUUAUCACCCUCCACAAUUCACCAUCAAUCAAUCUAAGGUGCGAUACUGUCAAUAUCAAAAAAUGAUAGGAAAAUACAAAUUUCAGAUUUUUUAACAAUUAUGUAAUUAUGACUAAAUGAUACUGAUACACCAUAAAAAUAAUGAUAGUUAAAAAACUAUCAUUCACUAAACGUUCAAGAUGUGAAUAAUUUAAAGGUUAUACACAGGGUUGUUACUUGUUUACUAUAUCACUACUAUACUAUAUCAUUUUAUCGGAGCCUGCCGAUUUGUCGAUAAAUUCGAUUGUUGAAUUGUUAUUAUUAUCAAGCAACCCUCUGAAUUUUUGGAUUUGAAGUAUAAACACCAUCCACCCUGCAUAGAAAAAAAACAACACCCAACCACUUAUCUGAAGUAUUUGCUGUGAAUAUAUAGGUAAUCAUAACUGAAAGUUAUGAUUCAGUCAGAUAACAAAGCAAUCCAUAUUUGGCAGUCAAUUAGUUGAAAUGAUCAUACAACACUGAUUUGGAAAUAAAAAAUUACAGAUUGAACAAUCUGCAUGAAUGAAAUUUCACAUUGCUUAAAGAUUGUGCUCAUAAGUUUUAUUCACUAUAUGUUCUAAUAAGCACCCUCUAUAAGGAAAUUGAAAAUCUCUUCAUUCCAGAAAAAGACGAAAUACCUGACAAACCAACACAUGAAGCUUAUUUUCCAUAAUAUCAUCCAACUCAUAUUACACUAUUACAGUCAAAACUCUUGAUACUACACAGUUGGAGUAUCUUAUUUCACUUACAUCGGCGAUUGAAGCCUGAGAAAUGUAGGUUUUAGCAAACCAAUCAGAAUAAUUUGCCAAGGUUAAGCUUGCAAACCACCGACGUAACCUACAUUCUAGACCCGCCUCAUGUCAUAUCCCAAUAAAACAAAAAUCUCAUCUGAAUUGAUCACCUGAAAACGCUUAUUCAUGACAUUGAAUUAUGUCAUUUGUUAAGAGACAUGAGUAAGGGUGAGUAACUUGACAGGACCUUAAUGCGCAUGCUCCACGGGAUACCGUUAGACCUCCUAUGGAAGAGCUAAUUAAUCAUUCCAGAAUUACGUCAUCUGACAGGUUGCUGAGGGGCAAACAUUGUAUUUUGUCAAGAUUUGUCAUAUAAAACCAGAAUUAGUGGGAUCGUUUUCCUUGGAAUCCGAGUUGGAACCAGGGCAAUGCUCAACAAAGGUAAACUAACAGAUAGUUUGUGUGCCCCUCAAGAAACCAUGUCAAAAUCGCGUGUUCUAGAAUGAUCAAUUAGAUCAUGGGGUAAGUGGUCUGGUACUAAGGAAUGUUCGUUUAGAAAAAAAUCAAGUUCAGAGUUAAGCAGGUAGAGCAAGCACAAACGAACAGGUCCCUAUAUUCCAAAUUCAACUGCCAGCAGUGUCAGUAAGUCCAACGACUGCUGAAAUUCGGAAUAAAAUCUACAUCAGUGAGCUGUCACUUUUCAGUUAUGUUCACAAUUUAUGAUUUUGUUUCAUUGUUUGAAAUGAAAUUAUAUAAUGCGGCUGUACACACCAGUCAAAUUUUCGCCACAUAUCUAUUUCAUAUUGAUCGUACCAGUCAUUCAUUACCUACCUAUCUAAAAUGAUCACAAAUACUUUUUUUCAAUAAUGAAAACAAUCACCUCCAAACACUAGCACUCAAUGACGUGAUAUGGCGAUAAGGGCGAUAGGCAUGAAUAGUAUAUUUUUCAAUAUAAGAAUUCACUUCCACAGUAGGAAUGUACUGAGAUAAACACAAUACAUACCUAAGUCGUAUCCAAGGUGGGUCGUAUCAUAUGAAGUUAAUUAUACUUUAUAUAUCGUUUGUAAAAUUGUAUUAAUGAAAUGUAAGCCAAUAACUGGAAUUAAUAAAUAAAUAACUUAACUGCUGUUCACCUACUUCAAUUCUCACUGUACCCUUUUUGUCGCCCUAGUGGGUGAAAGUGCUACUACGUCGUGCACUUUGGUAGUGCCAAAUAGAAAGAAAAAAUAAUAAAUUAUAGUAUUAUGAACGUUGUUCAAUUUCACAAUAAAACGCUAAUUACAUAGCGUCAGUCCAUUGGUUGAGGAGUAGUGUCAUACAUAUACAGAGUCCUCUAGGAAGAAUUCAAUUCAUUGGUUUGCAAAAACCUACAAGUAUUAGGCUCUAAUCUUGUGUUACUGUUUGUAUAAAACUGAUAAAAAAUCAUGUAUUAUUUCAUCAUGAGGAACUGUGCUUCUCAAAAAAUAAGAAAUUGAAAUAGGCAAGAGUUUUGGCGGUAAGUGAACAUGACCUAUCACUGAAUUCACCAUAGUUUUUAUCUUUUGCCUGAAAUAUCCAUACUUUCACAUUUGUACACCAAGUCGCACCGCACCGGUUUCAAUCCGUUAUUCGUUAACAUAACUUACAUACAUAGUUGAAAACCUAAAGUCAUCUCCACAAAUCGUAUUAAAAUCAUCAAAGAUCAUGCUUAUAUAAGCCCAUUAUCAGCCAAUAGAAAGGAUCAUAGUUAUGGGAAUGAAAAAAGUUGAAAUACUAAUAGUAUAGGUGAUAACUGGGCAAAGAGGGAACGAUGCUACAUGAUUGUCUCUGUAAAAGGAUAUGAUUUUUAUAUAAAAAUUUUUAGAAUUCUAUUUAGGGUUCGGGGUCGCAUUUCACCAAAAAAAGUAGCCGUAAAUGCGAUAAAUCGCCACAUCUGGCAACGCCGAGUCCCUGACCGUCUUCCGUAUGCCCUCUUAUUAUUGUUCGUAAUCGCCGGCCGGUGGAAAUCGGCCCCGCUCUGCGCCGCCACGGCUCGAGUGUCGAUGGCUAGCAGGUCGAAAGCAAUGCUUUUUCAAUUCAUAUGGAUUUUUAUUGAGCGCAAUUGCUUUGCUUCCAUUUUAAAUUAAUGGGAUGCUUAUUUGCUUACAAAGAGUAGAGCGCCAAAAACGGCGGCGAAACGAGUGGAAAUAUUUGAUCAUUCUAAUAAAAGUUGUGGAGAUGACUUUGGAUUAUCAUCUAUGAACUACACCACUCCACUUUGAGUAACCAUGGACUUCUUCCAAAGUUAUAACUUACAUAACCAACGUUAUCCCGCCUUAACCCAAUCCGUAGUAUUUGAUCCGAAAGACUAUUUAAAAUUUUAGUGAUUUAGCGAAUAGAGCAGCUGUCGCUUGUGUUUUGUCGCCGGCGAAACGUCUCAAUUCGAAAAUAACCUGGUCCCGCGUGAAACCCAUCGAAACGAUUUCCUUAACGUCGGCAUCUGUGAACUUAUCAUUAGGUUGGAUAGUUUGAGUAUCUGGAGUGGCAUUGUGGCCUGAAGUACCCUGAGAUGAGCUAGAUGUACCAGAUGCAGCUAGAAAGAAUAUAAAUAAUAAUU